AUGUUCGAAGAGCUUCCGGAGACAAUUGGAAGAAUAUUCGGCAUAACGUCCUUUUCAUUAAAUUGGUAAGGUGGCUCGUAACGUCCGGUAUGUGGUUUCUGUUCUUGUUUUGAUUUCAAUCUGGAACUUAGCUGAUAGAAACUGUUCUCUUUGUUUUUGUUUUGGUAGUUGUAUGCAAUGAUUUCCUGUAGUUCUCGAGGUUCAUUAUACUAAUAACACAACUGCUUAGCAGAGAAUCUAAGAAAUAAAGAUUGAAAAUAGGGGGCGAUACAUCAUCACCUUCAUCUGCUCUCGUUCAUCUUUGAUAAAUUAGUAUCCACAUCCGGGACGACGUUGUCGCCAACCUCGCAUUCAUCUAUCUAUCUAUUCUUGCUUUCUUUUCUCUGUGUCGGCUCUCCAUUCUCAUUUCAAACAACCCCGACCGACAGCGGCAAACCGAAUUUUAAAUUCCCUCCUUUCUUUCAUCAACGACGAACAUGACACGGUGAAAAGAACAUCAAAAAGCCGAGAGUCGAAGAGAAAAUGCGGUGGGGGCCUUUGUUAUGACUUGUUACCUAACCAUCGUUGUUCGUCAUUUUUUCCUUGUUCCUCUUUCCCGGCAUUUAUAUGACUGGCAGGAAAUAGUAGGCCGAUUUGAGACGGAUCCUCCUUUUUCCUUCUCUCCAGUGCAUCAAUAAUCAUAAUUUAGAAGCCAGCAGAAGAGACUUUCUUGUUUUCCAUUUUCUUGUCCAUUCUAAGAAUGAGGUGUCCUCAGGGUCCCUCUAUUCUACAGUAAGCUCCACCCCCUUCGCCUCGGGAUCCAGAAGACAUUGUGUACUCGGCUCACCUAUUUUUCUCAUCUUCAUGUCUAGGCAGACACGUACAAGAAAUCAGCCCCUUUUUGUCAAGUCUAGGCCUAAUGAAGUCGUCUAUCAUUUUGAUAUUACUCACGUCUCGUCUUGUCCUACAACGACGACAUCUCCCCAUUUCAUUCCGGUUCAAAAGAUUAUAGUUAAAAGAAGCCAACGGCAAGUUGAAGAGAACCUUUCACGGCUCUGACCCAUACUUUUCGAAAAAAAGUUAGCGGUGCAUAAACAUUGAACUAAUGAAUGGUUGUGUAAAAAACAUUUCCAAAAAUGAAGAGAACAGAAGGUGAUGUCACCGGCCAAACAGUGCAAAUCAAAAAUGAUCGGGUUUGUCCAGGUCUAUAUCCAAACGGGGUGGCCCCUAUGUGUUUUGAAUCCUAAUGGAUUGCUGUUAUUUGGUUGGUCUCUUGUGUCAUUGUUAUUGGCAGGAUGGAUCGAGGACCUGGAAUAUUUAAAAUGGGGAGGGAAGCUUAUGACUCAGUCAGUCAGUUUUCGAGGCACAUAUCUAUCCGACGAUUUCGUUCUGCCGGUUCCCACCACUGUGUUUUGUCUUUUGCCUUUGAAAUGCAACUCUUCACUUUAAAACCCACUUCGGAAAAGAAAAAAUCUUUAGACACUUCAAAAAAACAAUUCCGUUUUCCUUCCUGGUCCGUUGGUAUCAUCGUUCUGCUUGCAAAUUGAAACCGAAAGAUAAAUAGUUGCGCCUAAUCCAAAACGGAUCAAAGCUCUAGUAAAAGAUCGAUGGCCUCCUGCUCACUCUUUCACGCGUAGGAUUUGUGGAUAAGCCAAAUGUUUCUCAUACUCUUUUUUGUCUUUUUGCCCUGCGUGUGCGGGAUUACUAGUACCCCUGUCUUAUUAGAAAUUCUGGGAUGAGAAGAAAUGGUCUUUGAGUGGAUGGACUUUAAGUAAUCAGACAGUCAUCAUUGUCUGGGUUGAUUUUGAAAUUGAACUAGCAGCAUUUCCCCGGUGAUUAGUGGCAACCACGUGGGCUGACUCCCAAAAAAGAUAUCCACGAGGUGCAUAGGUAAUUGAAAAAUCCCGAGACAGAUUUCCGGUCGCAAAUGUUUCAACUCAACUCUCCUCCAACUUCCGGCUCGCAUCAAUAACCAACAGCCCAAAGGUUGCCCUUCCCCAAGCGUUUUCCUCUGAAAAUCUUGUCUGAAACCCCCGCACUCUUUCUCUCUCUCUCUCUCUCUCUCUCUCUCUCUCUUCCUCACUCCCCUCCGGCGCCUCGUUUUGUUUCACGCCGCCUGAGGAAAUCGGCUCCGCCCAGUUUUUCGCUUCGCCGAGAAGAAGCGCGACGCCUCUCCUCAAUCCUCUGACACCAGUGCCUUCUGAGCAUUUAUCUCGAUUUAAUCAUGUCAAAUUUCUAUCAUGAGGCCCAAUUUCUCAUAUCGGACGGGGAUAAAAUGCGGUAAGUGGGAGGAGGGAGGGUUGAAGACAACUCCGUGGGCGAAAGCGAAACUAGUCAAUAAUUCAUACGGUUUACGUUUUCGUUCUUCUUUUUUUGUUGGGUUGCACUUUAUCCGAUCUAACAAAUCUGUUCUCCUUCUCACCGUCUAUUUAUAUAUAUAUAAAUUAUAUUCAAAUCAAUUGUGUGCUGGAAAGUGUUCAUUUUGAAAAAAACAUUUUUUAAUCGGAUCGGAUAAUAAUCAUACAUGUUCCAGGAUCGAUACAUAUGCUGUAGGACGGCAAACGAUGCAACAAACCGAGUCGUUCAAGGGUACCAUUUAUGAGAAUGUGAGUUGGAUUCUGAAAAUCAUCGGGUUUAAGUGGGGGAUGCCUCGUGAAGCACUUGAGAAUUGAACAUUCUCAUUUUUCACUAGGGGCAUGACUUUUUGUGUGCAUGAGUGUGAAACUGAGAAAAUGUGAUGUGGUUUUUGGAUGUUUGCUCUCAGAUUCUUUCGCUUCUUCUUCUUCUUCUUCUUCUUCUCAUUUUCACCGAUCGAAUGGACCGACCGACGCAAAUUAAUUUGAAAAGGAAAGAGACCUCGAAUGAAUGAAUAUCCGAAGGCGUUGUCGUUUCUUUGAAAAUGAAAAAGACGAGGUGUGACACGCGAUAUGAUGUUUCAGUUCUGGAUUUUAAUUAGUUGGGCGAUCGCGUUGGUACCACACGCCAGGUUUUUACACGAGAUGAACUACGGUAGUCCAGAGUACAACCAAAAUUCAAUUGAACAUAUAUCAAAGAGCAUAUAUCACAAAGUUUGUUUCCCACUGAAAACUUGUUAAUUGACGGUUUCUCAUUCUUCCUGUUCGAAAAGACAAAUAUGGAAAACAUAUUGGCCUGAGAAUUUGGUUGCUCAAGCCCAGCUUUUGAGAUUACAUUUGAAUGUGUUAGAGCCGAAAACUACUAGUUCUGUGGACGUCAUGACCCUCCGAAGCGUGUAGCGGAACCAUAAACUUCUGUGGGAAACGUCAAACCAAAACACACUUUUACAGAAUGAGGGUUCAAUAGUAGUAGUACUAGGCCAAGAUUUCUUUUUCUUUUUAAUCUAAUCUCGCCUGCUUUUGACGAUGAUUUUUUUUUUAAUUAUCAUAGUCAGACAUGCAUGCUAAGGGCAUGUGCUAUUACCGUAAUCCAAUUGAACUUUGGUCAAGUGGGCCUAGGGACCGACUCGAGCCAUGAAUACGAUAUGAUGUGAAAAUCCAUCGCAUGCGCGACCCAAGCCCGGCCACUUUAUCCCUUUUGCGAAUCUUCAACACCAAAUCAUGCGUGGGUAGAGUGGGAAAUGACGUCGACGUCGCACAAAAGAACCUUUUGAAUUGGAAUAAAUGAUCUUCAACUGAUCAACGAACUGAAAAAUAAGGAUUUGUUUCAAUACAAACAGGAAAUUAUUACAGUUCACUCUGGUGUACGCUCUCCCGCUUUCCAACCAUGACAAUAGCUCUCUCAUGCUUAUCGCCGGCUUCUACGCCCUGUUAUUCAUGUUCGGAACCUGCGGCAACGCUGCGAUUCUUGCUGUGGUGCACCAUGUGAAGGGUCAAGACCCCCGUUCGCGGCACAAUACCACUUUGACGUACAUCUGCAUUCUCAGCAUUGUUGACUUUCUCUCCAUGCUUCCAAUCCCGAUGACCAUCAUUGAUCAGGUUGGAGGAAAACAGACUGAGAAGCCAUAACUCGAUCUUUUGUUGCAGAUUCUUGGUUUCUGGAUGUUUGACACUUUUGCCUGCAAGCUGUUCCGUCUCCUCGAGCACAUAGGAAAAAUAUUCAGUACUUUCAUCUUAGUUGCGUUCUCGAUUGACCGCUACUGCGCCGUCUGUCACCCUUUGCAGGUAUUGGCAUCAAUCCCCGGAUAAUCUGGAUUUUGAGAACGUUUAGGUCCGUGUACGUAAUCAACGCACAGUCUUCAUCUUUUUGGGUAUCAUGUUUUUGGUCACCUGUGGAAUGCUCUCGCCAAUCCUGCUCUACGCUCACUCCAAGGUCAGAAAACGCUCAUCAAAAAAUAAAAUAAAAGGCAAAAAAAGGCAUUCGCAUUCAUGUUUCAUUAUUAAUAAUUCAUACGUGUUCACGGGACUUAAUCAAGUGCGGAUAUGUCAUGCGCAUCUGAUUACAGGAACUUGUCAUGCAUGAGAAGUUCGACUUGGAUCAAGAGGUGAUCACCCGCAUGCACCUCUACAAGUGCGUUGAUGAUCUGGGCCGCGAGCUGUUCGUAGUCUUCACCUUGUAUUCUUUCGUGCUGGUGGGUGGAAUGCGUGGGUGGGUGGUGUGAUAAGAAUAAAGUUUGUUCAGGCGUACUUGAUGCCGUUGCUCUUCAUGAUCUACUUCUACUACGAGAUGCUCAUUCGACUCUUCAAACAGGCAAAGGCCAUCAAGCAAACUCUUGUGGGACGGAGAAGCGCGGAGGACAAGAAACUGACCAUUCCGGUUGGACACAUUGCGAUUUACACGCUCGCCAUUUGCUCGUUCCACUUCAUUUGCUGGUAUCGUGUGAAUUUUAAAAGUCUGGGAGCAACCGGAUGUUUUCAGGACUCCUUACUGGAUCUCAAUUCUCUACUCGCUCUACGAUGAGUUUUACCAAACCGAGCAAAGCACAGGAACUCCUCCGACCUACGCCUUCAUCUACUUUAUGUAUGGAGUACACGCACUGCCAUACAUCAACUCGGCAUCCAACUUCAUUCUCUAUGGACUUCUCAAUCGACAGGUACUUCAAGCUCUAUAUUGGGAUCUUUGUCUUAAUGCAAUUCGUUCAUUUCAGUUGCAUAAUGCCCCAGAACGUAAGUACACCCGCUCGGGGCCUGGAAUUCGUCAACAAUCUCACGCUAUUACCACAAACACCCGCCCGGAGUGCAGCGAACUCAUCACAAUCCGUAGGUCUACUCUUAAAAUACAUUGAAACUCAAAAACUUUCAGCUACCAACUGCCGUUUCGACUCCCGUGUUUCGACAAUGAAGGAUUCCGACAACUCCUCGGCUCCGCAACGUCUAUCGCCCGCACCGAAACGAGUUUGAAUUUUUCUCAACUUUUUCUGUCUUGCUAACUUUUUUCGCUUUCCAUUUACAUUUUUCUUCAAGCUGUCAUCAGUAGUUGCACACCAGUCCCUUUGCCUAUCAUUUCUGUGGUUUCGUUGCAUCAUUCGUCACUUUCACUUUGCCAGGAGUCUCCUCCAGUGGUGCCGGCUCCAAUGCGUGUCGCCGUCGACAGCAGCGACAUCUUCAACUGGAUCACGCCGGACACUGAAUCUGUCGUCUUGUAA